UUUUGCUUGUGAACUGCCAUGACCUAAUCAACCAGUCCCAACGCCUUUCUCGCUAUUACUCGUCAUCCUAACGACGUAGACGUAGCUCGUCUUUGCCAUCCGCCGCUGUGCGCGGUGGUCGAGUACGAGUACGCGCAAUCCGGCCGCGCUGCUUGUAAGCAACGCGCCUCGCUGACGUUAUUGGAGCGGCGCGUUUCCCGCGUAUGCCAUCCGCCGCUACCUAGGCAGCGCGAGCGGUGCGUCCGAAAAUCUGCGGUUUACUAUAAGUUACGUCAGGGUUUCGUCACCAGUGGUUCUAGCAGGCAACGCAUUUCCGGCUAGCCUCUCCGACGCUGUCAGAGCAACGCAUUUCCCGCUUAUGAGGUGACUUUUGAGUCGACUCAAAAGUCACCUCGUUACAAUUUCCUGCGUAUGUCAUCCGUCGCUGUCGGCGCAGCGCGAGCAGUGGUCGAGUACGCGCGAUCGGGCCGCGCCGCGUGUCGGCACUGCAGCGAAGCGGUUGCUAAGGAUGCGAUGCGAGUCGGAGUGAUCACUAAAGGCAAUGGCGGGUUCGACGUUACCAAAUGGUUCGUACCCUCGCCCUAUCUAGCGCUGCAGUACACUGGUAGCCAAGGAUGAGAUGCGAGUCGGAGUGAUCACCAAAGGCAAUGACGGAUUUGGACGUCACCAAAUGGUGUGGCGCAGUCUAAUAACUUUCUCUAGUUGAUUCCUUACGCGUGUGGCCUCCUACUCUCUGCAGGUACCAUCCGCCCUGCGUCGCCGCUGCCAACUCGCUUUCGAUACAGUCACCGUCCAAAUUACAAGGAUUCACGCGGUUAAAGCCGUCCGACCAGAAAACGCUCCAGGCCAUCUUUACGAGAGCCGCCGCUGCUGCUGCUGCUGCUGCUGCUGCUGGUGCUGCUGCUGGUGCUGGUGGUGUUGCGUUGAAUCAAGGAGGGGCAGCAGCAGCAGCGCCACAGGAAACAGGAGGAAGCGAGGGACGCAAGGACGGGAGAGCAAAGAGGGUGAUGGAGGGAGGCGGCGGGGAGGGGGGUGCAGGGGCAGAAGCAGGGGCGUUACGAGACGGUGUGACUGAAGCAGGAGGUUCUUGUAACGGGGAUGUGCGCAGCAGAGGCGACUGCAGUGGGCCGGAAUUGAAGAGAAGCAAGGCGGUGCAAGAAAGCUCCUCCGUUUGCCCUCCUGCAUCUCCCCAGCUGAAGGAGCUUCUCGGAAACUUCUCGCUCGAGUCCCUCAAAGGGAUUUACAAGGGAAUUUCUCUAGCUCCUGGGUGGCUCUCCUUCUCCUCUGUCAUUCUGCACCAGAGCCCGGGCUUGAAGCCAUCCGCUCGAAUCGCGGCCUUUGAUUUCGAUGGCUGCCUUGUCAACACCAAUGUGAGGAUCAUGGGAGCACAUGCCUGGUCUCUUAUGUUUGAGAAUGUGCCCAGCGUUCUCCAGCAGUUACACGAGGCAGGCUACAAGAUUGUCAUAUUCACCAACGAGUCGAACAUCGACCGCUUCACCAAGCAGCGCCAGAAAGCCAUUGAGUCCAAGAUUGGGCGGCUGACCGGAUUCAUGCAAACUGCACCGGAUGUGCCCAUGCAGAUUUUCAUCUCCUGCGGUCGCAGCCACUCAGGGGACCUGUUUCGAAAGCCAGAAGGGGGGCUCUGGCACCUGCUGUGGCGCUGCCUGAAUGGGGGCGUGGGGUUAGACAUGGGGAGGUCCUUUUUUGUGGGCGAUGCCGCUGGCCGCCUCAAGGACCACAGCGACUCGGAUCGGGUGUUUGCUCAGAACCUCAGGCUGCCAUUUUAUUUGCCUGAAGAGAUAUUUGGGGCAUCUCCUUCAGCAUUGAGCCGCCUUCUCACGCCACCACCAUCCUAAGUAGCUCAUCAAUGUUGUGAUAUAUGAAGUUUUGCAUUCCUGCAAGUUCCGCUUUUGGUGUAGCUAGCAGUAUCGAGUUUCUCAGUAAGCAACCAUGCUCGAGUGCUGACGCCAUCAAAGCAUCGCGCGUCUCUGGGAUGAUGUCAGCAUACCGCUUCAGUCACGCGAAUAAGCGUAACGAACCGUUUCAGUCGCGCGAGCAGUCGCGACCCUAUAGAAUGAUGAAUAGGUCGCAUAGCGCUCAACUAGCCGAGCAGGUACUUUUCCUAGAGCUAUAAAUCCUUGUAAGAGCGCGUUCCUACCAACCUCUUCCCAAACUAGCACAUCU